CGGUCCCCGCGCCGCAGCCUCCGCGCUGCGCCCCAGCCCCGCGCCCCCCGCGCCCAGCCCGGCCAUGGCGACCGCCGUGUCGCCGCUGCCGCUGCUGCUGCUGCUGCUACUGCUGCCGCCGCCCGGCGCCCUCGCGCCACCCGCUCGCGACCCCUUCGCCCCGCAGCUCGGGGACACGCAGAGCUGCCAGCUGCGAUGCCGCGACCGCGACCCCGGCCCGCGGCCCUCGCAGGCAGGGCUGGAGGUCCCCUCCGAGUCUCCCCACGACAGGGCCGUGCUGCUCAGCGCCUGCGAGCGCGGCUGCCGCCUCUUUUCUAUCUGCCGCUUUGUGGCCAGGAGCGCCAAGCCCAAUGCCACCCAGGCCGAGUGCCAAGCAGCCUGCGUGGAGGCCUACGUGCAGGAGCCAGAGCAGCAGGCCUGCAGCCAGGGGUGCCGGAGCCUGUCGCCGGAGCCCGAGCCCCAGCAGAAGCAGGAGCCCCAGAGAAAAGUCCUGGAAGCUCCUGGUGGGGCCCUCUCACUCCUGGACCUGCUCUCCACUCUGUGCAAUGACCUCAUCAGCUCGGCCCAGGGUUUUGUGUCCUCCACCUGGACCUACUACCUGCAGACAGACAAUGGGAAGGUGGUGGUCUUCCAGACGCAGCCCGUGGUGGAGAGCCCAGGGCCUGAGGGUGCCCGGCUGCAGCGUGUGGAGGUGACCUGGCGGGGAUCCCUGCCCGACGCCUUGGAGGUGCACGUGGACCCCGUAGGCCCCCUGGACAAGGUGCGAAAGGCCAAGAUCCGGGUCAAGACCAGCAGCAAGGCCCAGGGGGAGCCCGAGGAGCUGCAGGACAACGACUUCCUCAGCUGCAUGUCCCGGCGCUCGGGGCUGCCGCGCUGGAUCCUGGCCUGCUGCCUCUUCCUCUCGGUGCUGGUGAUGCUGUGGCUGAGCUGCUCCUCGCUGGUGACCGCCCCGGGCCAGCGCCUCAGGGUCCAGUCCCUGACCCUGGAGCAGCACAAGGGCUUCCUGGUGGAGCCCGACUGGGCCCUGUACCCGCCGCCAUCGCCCUCCUGUGAGGACAGCCCCCCGCCCUACAAGCUCAAGCUGGACCUGACCAAGCUGUAGGCCCCCGGCUGCCCAGGGCCCUGCCCGGCGCCCAGGGGUCUCGGGGGGUCCCUCCCGGGGCUUCUCCAUCCCCAAGUCCUUUCACCAGUUCUGCGCCCCACCCCAGGGUCCUGGGGGUCGCCGUGCCCUGUUGGGGGGGGGCAGGUCAGGAUCUGCCCUUGGUCCCUCACUGCCCCCCCUUUCCUCGGGGCUGUACCCCUCUUUGUCUUCUGUUGUGUGGCUUCUGAGUAUUUGAACCCCAGUCUUUGUGCCACCUUCCCCCUAAGGUCUUGCUGGAGGCUGUCCCCUGCUUUCCUGUCCCACCCAUGCAAGGGGACGGGUGGGUGGCUCUGGGCCGGGAGGGGUGCAGCACUG